AUGUCGACCGACCUCUCCCAAAGCCAAACGAGCUCUUAUCUUGGUGCGUCUACCGAUCCGGAUCACGACGUCGCGUCCCUGGCAUCAGAAAGCACAGAAAGAGAUGAGUCAGAUGCCGAACUCGAAUGGCAGGAGUCGAUUAAGCAGCUGGAGAUGCUGCUAACGAUGGUUGUGGUGCCCUUCGCGGGGAAAUGGUUGGGAAGACGUUGUGCCUUUUGGGUCUGGGGGAAAGCCAUGGAGUGGAAAUAUCCUGUAGAUGUGGUUAUAACAUCGAAAGCCGAGUUUGCUGCUGGAGGCGUUGGGGCCGUGAUUGCCGCCUCAGCACCGAUAUGA